CUCCUGCCGUGUGGCAGACCACCGUCAAAAUGGCGAUGCAGCUUGAUAUGUCCCAAGCUUCCGUAUUGAAGGAUGAGCAGGGCCGCCCAUUCAUUGUCGUCCGAGACCAAGGAAAGAAGAAGAGACAGCACGGCACCGAAGCCGUGAAAUCACACAUUGUUGCCGCCAAGACCGUGGCCAGCAUUGUGAAGAGUUCUUUGGGUCCCCGCGGUCUCGAUAAGAUCUUGAUUUCCCCCGAUGGCGAUAUCACAGUUACAAACGACGGUGCAACUAUCCUUGGUCAGAUGGAAGUUACAAACAACGUUGCCAAGCUGUUGGUUGAGCUUUCGAGAUCUCAGGAUGAGGAAAUUGGUGAUGGAACAACUGGCGUUGUCGUCCUGGCCGCGGCCAUGUUGGAGCAAGCCGCCGAUUUGAUCGACAAGGGCAUCCACCCCAUCCGAAUUGCAGACGGUUACGAUCAGGCGUGCGAAAUUGCUGUUGAGCAGCUCGACAAGAUCAGUGACGAGAUCCCCUUUACCAAAGACCACACCGAGAACCUGCUGAAGGUUGCCAAGACCAGUUUGGGUAGUAAGAUUGUGUCGAAAUCCCACGACCAGUUCGCCAAGAUCGCCAUCGAUGCCGUUCUCUCUGUCGCCGACCUCGAGCGCAAGGAUGUUGACUUUGAGCUGAUCAAGGUUGACGGAAAGGUUGGAGGAGCUCUUGAAGAUUCCUUGCUUGUCAAGGGUGUCAUUGUGGACAAGGACUUCUCUCACCCCCAGAUGCCCGAUGAGGUCACAGAUGCCAAGAUGGCAAUUUUGACCUGCCCGUUCGAGCCCCCAAAGCCCAAGACCAAGCACAAGUUGGACAUUACAACGGUGGAAGAAUUCAAGAAGCUGCAAGACUAUGAGAGGGAAAAGUUCACUGAGAUGAUCCAGCACCUGAAGGACUCUGGUGCCAACCUGGUCAUCUGCCAGUGGGGUUUCGAUGACGAAGCCAACCACCUCCUGCUCCAGAACAAGCUCCCUGCCGUGAGAUGGGUUGGUGGACCUGAAAUUGAACUGAUCGCCAUUGCUACGAACGGCCGAAUUGUUCCUCGCUUUGAGGACUUGAGCGCAGAGAAGCUAGGAACCGCAGGUCGCGUCCGAGAGAUGACCUUUGGUACCACACGAGAGAAGAUGCUUGUCAUCGAGGAGUGUGCCAACAGCCGUGCGGUGACUGUGUUUGUACGAGGAAGCAACAAGAUGAUUAUUGAUGAGGCUAAGCGAUCACUACACGAUGCUCUGUGUGUCGUCCGCAACUUGGUGCGCGACAACCGAGUUGUGUACGGAGGAGGUGCUGCUGAGAUUGCAUGCUCUAUUGCCGUGGAAGAUGCGGCUGCCAAGAGCCCUGGAAUCGAACAAUAUGCCAUGCGUGCUUUCGCCGACGCGCUGGACGCCGUUCCUUUGGCUCUGGCCGAGAACUCUGGAUUGAGCCCGAUCGAGACUCUGGCCUCGAUCAAGUCGCGUCAAGUCAAGGAGAACAACUCGAGACUUGGGGUUGACUGCAUGUUGACAGGCAACAACGAUAUGAAAGAGCACUUUGCUAUUGAUCCUCUGAUUGGAAAGCGCCAGCAGCUCUUGCUUGCGACCCAGCUGUGCCGCAUGGUUCUUAAGAUCAACAACGUCAUCAUCUCUGGCGAUGACGAGCAGGAUUUCUAGGUUUCUUGUAUACAAUUUAAACCGAUGACCAGCUAUAAGGCGCUGGAGUCGGGACAUUUACAUACAGUGUGUUGUCGGUAAUGAGUAUGACCUAUGUAGAACAUGGGGCAUAGAUAAAAAUCGUUGAAUGAAUUGAUGUCUACUCACCUCGUAGCAGUACUGUUACUUCAAGAAUAAACAAUGCAAUGCAACCCCGACAUAUGCAACCCAA